UCUCCCGGUCCCAUCGAAGAAGAAAGCUAUAGAGAGAGUUUGAGUGUUUAUGCAUCAGUGAGAGAAAGAGAAAGAGAGAGAUUAGAGAGGAUGUGGGAAGGAGGAUCUUCGGCUGUUUCACCAGCCGGAGACGAUGCAGCAGCAGCGGCCGGAGGUAGGAGAAAACCGUCGUGGAGGGAGAGAGAGAACAAUAAGCGGAGAGAAAGGAGGAGGAGAGCAGUAGCCGCCAAGAUAUUCACCGGUCUUAGAGCUCAGGGAAAUUACGAUCUCCCAAAACACUGCGAUAACAAUGAAGUCUUGAAAGCUCUUUGUGUUGAAGCUGGUUGGAUUGUUGAACCAGAUGGUACAACUUAUCGCAAGGGAUGUAAGCCGAACCCAUGUGAGAUCGGAGGAACUUCAACCAAUAUUACUCCAUCUUCUUCUCAAAACCCUAGUCCUAAAUCUUCAUACUUUCCAAGCCCAAUCCCAUCUUACCAACCAAGUCCAUCAUCCUCUUCAUUCCACAUUGAUCCCUAUCAAUCUUCUAACAUGUUUGCAUUUCUGCGUAAUUCCAUUCCUUCAUCUCUUCCUCCACUUCGAAUCUCAAACAGUGCUCCUGUUACUCCACCUGUUUCAUCUCCAACUUCAAUGGCUAAGCAGAAAGUUAACUGGGAAGUAACUGCUAAUAACCAUCCUUCUGUGGCCUCACUCAAUUACCCAUUUUUUGCUGCUUCAGCCCCUGCUAGUCCAAUCAGACGCAAGAGAAUGGCUCCAGCUACUAUACCCGAAUGCGAUGAAUCAGAUACUUCUACAGCUGAUUCUAGUCAAUGGAUGAACUUUCAGACAUUUGCACCUGUAAUGGUCCCAAAUUCACCAACUUUUAAUCUUGUAAGACCUGUUGUUGUUGUUGGUCAGCAAAGUUCUGCAGAUGCAGGGUUGAUGGAUCAAAAGGGUAAGAGCAAGGAGAUUGAGUUUGAAAGAAUUCAAGUGAAGCCUUGGGAAGGCGAGAAAAUUCAUGAGAUGGGAAUCGACGAUCUUGAACUCACUCUUGGAAGUGGGAAGACACGAGGUUCGCCCGCCUACUAGUUGUCCCUGAAUUGUUUGUUUUGCAAGUAGAAAUGGCAAAACAAUUGGUUUGGAAAAUUGACUGCUUUGUUGAAUUGCAAAUCUUUAGAACAGUUUGAUUAUUUAUUAUGUGUAAGCUAAAUUUAUUUGAUGUUUGGAUUUGGGUAAUUAAUUGAAAGAGUCUUUUUUUUUCCCUUGGGUUGGA